CAUAACACAACACCAGCACACUCACGAAAUGCCUCAUCUGACGCGAAAGGAAAGAAGUAAGAGAACUGCUGGCACGCCUCCAAAGCAGACGAAGUCCAAAUCUACAAAAAUUCAAUCACACGAGUCAGAGUCUGACAAGCAUGCGGCUAAGAAACGCAAGACGGCCAGCGAAGAGGCUGGAAAGAGUAUGAAGGAUGGGGUUGUGGGGGAUCAUGUAGUGAUGGCGGAGGAAGAAGAAGAUGAUGAUGAUGAAGACGACGACGACGACGAGGAGGAGGAUGUUGAUGAUGGUGUUGAUGAUGGUGUUGAUGAUGGUGUUGAUGAUGGUGUUGAUGACGAGAGCAGCGACGAAAGCAGCACUGAGACCAACGACGAAAGCGGCAAUGACAGCAGCGAUUCAAGCAGCGAUCAAAGCAAUGAUCAAAGCAGCGACGAAGACACCGACACCGACAUCGACAUGGACGACAAUACCAACACCGCCUCCCCAUCCCCAUCCCCAUCCUUCCAUCCGCCCACAAAAACCACAACACCCGCGACCGCACUCUCCGCCUUCUCAGACUUCUACCUCGCCGCCGUAACGGCCGAGUUCGCGGACGAUCUGGAGAAGCUGCGGCGCGCGCCUGAUUUCCGCAUUGCGAGCUUGGAUGUGCUUGUGCGUGCGCUGCGGCAAGGGGAGCGUGGGUUUGCGCGCGGCGAGAGGGAGAGGAUUGGGAGGGGGGUUGUUGAUGCUGGGGAUGAGGCUUGAGGCUUGAGUGAGAGGGGAUUGAGGAAGGGAGUGUUUGAUAGAUGAAUUAGAGUCUGUAGUGUUGCUACUGUAUGUACUAACUAGUCCAGUGUGGAUAUAGGAAAAGCAUGUGUACGCGUCGUAUGGCAGCUCUAUUUACAUACUAGCUAUAAUUGUAUAUAUAUAUAUAUAUA